UUAAAAUCUUUCAUUAGCAAAAUUCUUAUCUCCAACCAAUCAAAAGACGCCAACUUUAGUUUUAGUGACGUCAUUGGACGACAUUUCCCAUCAAAAUAAUAGAACUGAACUGGAUCGUAGGACGGGUCUAUAACAUGGAUAUAAAUGUUCCUGUAACGUUAGUUAUUCGUGCACCAAACCAGAGGAUAGAAGACCACACAGUAGAAUGCAUGCUUGGAUGGACAGUAAAGAAGCUGAAGAAACACCUAGAGGUUGUCUAUCCCAGCAACCCGAAAGAAACACAACAAAGGCUUAUAUACUCUGGAAAGUUGUUAGCCGAUGAAAUGACAUUAAAAGACAUAAUAAUUCAGAAUGAAGAAAGACUUCAUCACACAGUUCACUUGGUGUGUUCUCCAUCCGUGGACAAUUCCUUUAUUGAAUCUCGAAAUCAUCCAGAAAAAUCAGUAAACAGCAAUAUUUCAUCCACGUAUACGACAUCAAAUGUACAUAGUUCUGAAGGUCUACGUCACCGUUUACAUCAGGAUCAGACUAGCCAACCAAGCACAACUGCUAGCUUUGGCAGCACAAACUCGACCUCACAGCCCCCUCCUAUGAUGAUGCCAAACAGCCCAGGGGUAGCCCUGACGCCGGAGCAGUACAUGAUGAUGAUGCAGAACUAUUAUUACCAAAUGAACACUCAGUACAUGCAAUACUACCAGACUGGGACGUAUCAGCCUAUGAAUGGGUCAGUAGUAUCUGAACAGGAGACCGAGGCCCCCCGGGAAAAUGUCCAGCAAGCACCUGCUGCCAGACCUGAUAAUGCCAACCUGGUGAUGAAUGCACAGGGUGGAAUGGAAGAUGAUGACGAUGACGAGUUUGGUCAGCGGGACUGGCUAGAUUACGUGUACACAUUCAGCCGAUUCCUGGUACUCAUCAGCAUUGUGUACUUCUAUUCCAACUUCACUAGAUUUCUGGCAGUCGCAGCUUUCUUCUUUUUGGUUUAUCUGUAUCAGACAGGGUGGUUUAAUGUCCGUCGACGAAAUCCUGAGCCAGAGAAUGAGGACAAUCCUGCUCAGGAACAACCACAACAGACUGAGAACACUCCGAGGGAUCCGGAGACUGAGGAGAAUUCACACAGGACUGAGGAAGAUCCGGAAAGGAAUGAAGAAAAUUCAGAUAGGACUGAAGAGGAAAGGAAUACCCCUCAGACAGACAACACAACAGAAACAGAGGAGCCCCCGCCCCCCGGAGCUCUGGCAGUGGCAUGGUGUUUUGUGUCCACUUUCUUCAGCUCUUUAAUACCCGAGCCUCCUGCUCCAAUCAAUGCCAAUUAACAUCUCAAUGCCAAAUCUAACAGAAAUCCACUCAUAACAUGUCCUGUCAAUGAGUAUCCUGUGAUGACUUUUUAUACAUGGGCAUCAUAUUGUAUAUAAGAAAGUUACCCAAGUUUCAUUACAAUCUGAAUGUCUCAGUGUUUUUGAAUGUUCAUGCAUAUAUUUUUAAGAAAAAAUCUGAUGUGACUUGUGAUGUUUAUUGAACAACAUGUACAUUUAUCAAUAUUUUAUCAGUUAUAAACCUAUGCUGUUCCAUAGUUUUUAGUUCACAGAAAAAGCACAAAUCUUUCAACUUGACAUAAGAAGCAGUAUGUUUUAAAACUUAGAUAUAGAUAUGUAGGUUGCUGGCCCAGAAUAAUAAUCUUGUGCUUCUAUUACAUGUAUUUAUUUAUGUCUGUAACACAAACAAAACAGACAUUUAUCCCCUAAUUAACUUAUCAUUUUGUUUUGUCUCGAAAUCCAUUGUAUUGUUCAAAAUGUUGUUAUGUUGUGACUGCCCAAUCAUGUUUGUUUAUCUUUGCUAUAUUUUGUUUUGGUUUGUCAGUUUGUAUUUAUAUAUGAUUCUGUUACAAAAGAAAAUAAUCAACACUUAUGUACUCCAGAUUUAACUAUAAAAUUCAUAUUCACCGCAUUUACUUGUACAUAUUGGAAAAGGGUUUUGGAACAUAAAAUACCGGACACAGAUUCAAAAAAUUGAAUUAGCUCACAGUCUGCAUUAUGUUUAAAGAAAUACUAAUCUUGUUCAAUGAAAGUAUGUUGAUAAGUCGAACAAUAACACGAUUGUAAAUAUGUCAUAUAGUUUUAAUUUCCAUUUAUUUCUAAAGCAAUGUGAUUAAUAGGUAUGUGAUGUAAACAAAGGCAUUGUAUAUCUACUUGUAAAUACAUGCUUUGUAUAUGAUAUUGACACACUUUGUAUAUAACUCUGUAUAUAACCGUGCUGGUGCUAAAUACUCUGAACAUUGUCCUCGAUGAGGGUACGCAGACGAUGACGUCAUGAAACGCGAGAGGGAGUGAAUGCGUGUGAGUGACGUAUGCUUUAUCGCUGAUGUGCGAAUGCAGCUGUAGGUAUGAAUUGUGUACAGAUUUUUGAAAAUUGAAGUGAGUUUUAGUAUAAUAUUUCAAAUCUUCUGAAGGUCUAAAUUUGUGGUUUUACAUUAUACAAAAAAAAUGCACUGUUUAUUCCAUGUCUCCAUCUUGACAUGAUAUGAAACUUCUGUUGAAACAGUUUCUGUCAAGUACCGUAAGCUUUACAUGAUAUGAAACUUCUGUUGAAACAGUUUCUGUUCAGUACCGUAAGCUUUACAUGAUAUGAAACUUCAGUUGAAACAGUUUCUGUUCAGUACCGUAAGCUUUACAUUUCCUUAGAAAUGAUCGUGAUUUGUGAAAUCCAUUUUGUGUCCUGUCAUAUUUCUACAAUUGUUGGUUAUUUUAAUUGUUAACAAGAUGGUAUUAAAUAUGGGAGCAUUCUGCUUGUCUGAUGGAAAUAAAAUGUAUAAACAAUA